AUGGAGGUCGUCAAAGUUGAGGAAGUGGAUGUGAGACUUAAAGCUAAAACUGGCCAAGAGAAUGAGGAGCAGGAAAGCUGCACCCAUGGAGCGAAACAAAAGGAUACUAGCAAGUAUGUAACCGAACAGCAAUCAAAUGGAGAUGAAAAUGGUUGUCAAAAAAUGACUAGAGAUCUUGCAGGGAAUAAUGGGCAUAACAGCAGGCAAAGGCGACGAGGAAACUACCACAAGUUUACACCGCAAGAAAAAAGCAACAUAGGCCAGCUAGCUGUAGCUGUUGGAAGCACCAGGGCAAUGCGGCAAUUACAAACACAAAACCCAGGGCUGAAGCUGGCAGAAUCGACUGUCAGGAGUUUCAAGACUUUCUAUUUAAAAGAGAUGGCCAAAAAUAAAAAGACUGUAGAAAAACGCGAGAGAAAACAAAGAGGAAAGUACCGGACAUAUACUGCACAGGAACGAGCAACUAUCGGGAAAUUCGCGUUUGAAAAUGGGAAUAUGAAUGCAUUGAAAGUCUUAAAGGAAGAUUACCCAGGUCUUUCUGAGUCAACGGUUAGGGGCUUCAAAAACAUGUUCAAGGAAGAAUUAGAAAAGCGCACAGCUGGCGAGCUUCAGGAUAAUGGAGGUUUAGAUAAAAUCUCAGAAGUGAAUAGAAGCUACAUGGAUAAAUUAAAUUUAGUAACAACAGUCAAGUUUAAUGAGGAUUCUGAAACAUUGACAGAUAAGAUAAUCCCAAUAACAAGUAUAGCUAAUGAGAUAAACAACUUACCAAGAAAGAAACGAAAGAAAAGGGCUCGUCCAGACAGAGAUGAUCCACAAAUAAAAGAGACAAUCAUCAAAUACUUGCAAGCAAUAGCAGAAAAAGACUCAAAUAUGCUGAACACAAAAGCUGUGAUUGCUAUCGCCAAAGGUGUCAUUAUGACUGAAAACAGGUCUCUACUGUUUGAAUUUGGAGGUGAUAUGGUCAUUGAUAAAACCUGGGCUACAUCUUUUCUAAAGGAAAAUAGCAUGAUUUUUGGUGAUAGGAUUUCAAAUACAAAGGACAUUGAGAAAAAUGCAGACAAUUUGGCUUACAUUUUGGACAAUGAAAGUUCUGAAAUGGUUCAGGGUCUCCAUGAAAGCCAAAUAACAAUCGUGAGUUAUGAUCAAAGUGGCAAUGAAAAUGGCUCUUCUACAAUUUUAGUCCUGCCUAGGUCUGAAAGUGAUAUAGUGAUUCCAGUGCAGAUGACAUUGGAUAACUCAGCCAAUGACUGACAAUAUAAGCUGGCCUUUUAGAUAAAGUCAUGCUCUUCAACAAAGACCAAUUGGCAUCCUACAAAAGGCUGCAAGGUUGAUAACUCUUGCUGAUAAUGAAGCCUCAAUAUUCAGCGAUUGCCAAAUUUGACCAAAGUGAUUACUUCUUCCGUUGCUCUAUUUGUGUCAACUAACCUAAACUAUGGCAAACCAUUGAUGCUUUUUUUUAGUUUUCAUACUGUAGCCAACAUCCAACAUCCCUAUUGUAAUUUAUUGAAUUUAUUGCUUGGAUCUGUUCAUUUUGUUUGUGUUCUUGCAAUAUUCUGAUUUUCUCCUACCAGGUACCAGACCUUUCCAACUAAGAAGCAGAAUAAAAGCAACAUUGGGUCGAGCACCUCAUAGUAGUAACACACAAUAUCAUAUUUGGGACCAGCUUUGCUUUUGAUGGUCACUUUGCUGGUCUUGUUUAAUUGCCACUUUCACUGGCCACUUUUAAUUGCCACAUCUCAUUGAAAAGAUAACAUUUCCACCUUUCACAUACAAGUAUCAUUUCCUAUCUUUUCCACGACCCGUAUUAACACCUUUUGAAUGCAAAUAGAAAGGUCAAACAUGUUAAAUUUAUCAAUGAUAUAAAAGCAAAAUUGGAACCUGCAUGCAUUUUGAGCACUAAUUCUCUUAAUUUUGCAGUGCCAAUUUGCUUCAAUAUUUUUGUUGAAACUAUAACAUGCUGGAUUUUUGUAUACUUGAGUUAAUUUGUGAAGUUUCUCUCAAGAAUGUAGUGUUUAUCAAAAAUGUUUUUGAUAUCUUUUAAAAUUACUAAAAUGGAUUUGAUAAAUCAUGCAUUGCUUCAUGUGCAUAGCUUUAGGCAAAUCAUGAUUUUCUGCCAUUUAAUAAUCAUUAUAUUGAAAAGCACUUCAUGGCUUUGCUAAAUCGAAGUUUUAUGCUAACAAAUAGCAUGAAAUUGCAUGAAUUUAAUAAUCAUUUUAUUGAAAAGCACCUCAUGGCUUUGUUAAAUUGAAGUUUUAUGCCAACAAAUAGCAGCAAGAAAUUGAAGGAAGGGGUAAUCUUAC